AUGCAAAUAGCAACGGCAAUAUAUGGAAAGGAUACUGGGCGUCUCCAACUCCUUGUGCACGGUAAAUUUCCAAAAGUGCGAGAACUAGCCUGGUGGAGUCCCUGGGCCGGCUCACGUCCGAAAUACAGCCUCUCCAUGAGGGAGGCAACCCGAGAAAAGCUCACCUCGGACUUCUCUGCGAGACAACAAUGUCCGGGCCAACCAGGACAGAGCCAGUUGAGUCGGCGUCUGGAGACCACCAGAUGCCAAGAUGGGCCAGUCGAUCCAUGCGUCCACAACGACCGGGGAGAGAGGAGGUUCUUGUCGCGCUGCAUGGCUUAA